ACGCGUAGCGCGGUUGAAGAACGACAGGGGGACUAUGACUAUAAUGUACACGCGUGACUGGCGUCAGGCGUUGCGCGCUCCGCACGUCUACCGGGUGGCGAACAGCACGUUUCGUAUCCAGGGCACGUUCAUGGCGCUGAUUCUUCUGGUUUUGAGCGUGCCGACUUUCUUUCUCGUGUAUCCGCUGUUGCACGGUUUCAUGUGUUCGCCGCCAAGCCAGACCCUGGCUCAAUGUCGUUACUACAAGUACAACCGAACGUAUCCUACCUCGGCGCCCAUUAAAACCUCCAAGGGCAUUACCUACAGGAUAGCGAUAGUGAGCGACCUCGAUCACGACUCUAAGCUCGCAGACAAGAGAGACACAUGGCAUAGUCUCAUGAGAACCGGCAGUCUCUAUUGGAAUCCUAACAACAAUUUUCUGUCCGUUAUCUGGGAUGACAAAAAUGUUGUACUGUCCUCGUCGUUGUCUAUGAAGGGACGCGGAAUGGAGCUGUCGGAGUUAGUGACUUUUGACGGCCGUCUGCUGUCCUUCGAUGAUCGUACAGGAAUGAUAUACUUUAUUGAAGGCGAUCAAGUCUAUCCUUGGGUUAUUUUAAUGGAUGGCAAUGGUAAAAAUCACAAGGGCUUUAAAUCUGAAUGGGCGACUGUCAAAGAUGAACAAUUAUAUGUUGGCAGUAUUGGAAAGGAAUGGACCACUCCGUCCGGUGAAUUUGAACAUUAUAAUCCAUUAUGGGUUAAAGUAGUGUCACCACGUGGCGAAACGCAUUCUAUCAAUUGGAUUUCUUACUAUAAACGAUUAAGGCAAGCGCUUAACAUCGAAUUUCCAGGUUACAUGAUACAUGAAUCUGGAACUUGGAGUGGUAUACAUAAGAGCUGGUUCUUUUUGCCUAGAAGAUGUUCUCAUGAACGUUACAAUGAAACACGGGAUGAAACAAUGAGCUGCAAUGUCAUGUUGACCGCAGACGAAAACUUUGUUAAUAUUAAAGUUAUCCAUAUCGGAGAUCUAAUUCCAAUCAGAGGCUUUUCUAGUUUUAAGUUUCUUCCUGGAUCGCAAGAUUCUAUCAUAAUAGCUUUAAAGACUGAGGAAUAUCAAGGACGGACUGCUACAUAUAUCAUGGCCUUUACGAUAGAAGGACUGAUAAUAAUGCCUGAAAAUAAAAUAAUAGAUAAAAAAUUUGAAGGACUGGAAUUUAUAUGACACU